GUUUUGCGUUAGGAUUUUCAUUCAUGCGCAUCGAUUCCCUCAAAGCCAUUCUUUGCCUUGCUUUGAAAGCAACAAAACCAGUUUUACUUUUUUUUUUUCCACAAGAGGUUCGGGCGGCUUGUCGCUCAUUUCCAAAUUUAUCCGCCUAUACCGUUCCUCAUCACUGCAAUCCGCUCUCUCGUCAGGCUGGCCCACGACAAACAAUUCAAUCCGCAGCCUCGUUCGUGUUUACUAUUCUUUUUCUUUCUACCCUCGUUCUUUGAUCCACGACUGUCGUUUCCCGCCGCAAUCGCCCACAGCAAACAAAAAAAGAGAAGAAAUAGGAGUAACACACAGUCACAAAGUGGCAAGACCGAUGACCGGCGCGACCGCUCCCGAAGAUCAAACUAAACAGCUUCAGACCAAAACGCGGAAGGGAGCAGUCACAACUGAGACUUAUGCAAGCAUUCGCUGUCAAGAGGUCAGCACUACUGUAUCGCAGCACGCGCACGACUUCCCGACUUGGGUAACAACACUGGAAAUAUCAAUUCCGCCAACUCCGCCAAAAGACCGUAUCGACGAUAUACUUUGUCCAUCUUACAUUUCUCCACUCCAGUCUUCAGGGACGCGGCGGGAACCCAGCUCGAUUGACGGACCGGUGGCUCCGUACUGCUAUGCCUAGGACGAGACCUAGUGACACUUCUAGAUCGGAUCUGCAAACCCGGUCGAACAAGCUGCUGUAAUUAAAGGAUCGAAUCGAAAGCACAGUCGAUAUCGCAUUUCGUUGAGCGGUGCCUCUUGGGUCUUCCGGAAUCCUCAGUCUAGCUUUUGGUUUCUCUCGUACCGCCGGAGACUCCCGACCUUAACGAGGGACGGCUCGCUUGCAGUCUUCCCUGCCUGCCCAUCUAACUUCGUUGGGUAUUCAGAGCUGCAUAGCGCUGGUGACCACGGCGGCCAUCCUCAAUUGAGCCCUGCGCCCGCCAGAGAAGCCGGAGCCAUGGGGCUCACUUUCAAUACAACAUGCAAUGCCACACUGGAUGAGAUGAGGAUUGGGCCCGAAGAUGAGAUACCAAUCGUUGGCCCUUUACGAUUCCACGACCUUGCCUUGAUAAUUGCCUCGGCAUCGACAUUAGUGGCUGUAUCCUUGAGUUUCUUCUUGAUAUUCAUGCAUGCAACACAUUACACCAAACCUAAUGAGCAACGGCACAUUAUUAGGAUUCUCUUUAUGGUGCCAGUGUACUCCCUUACCUCACUACUCUCACUACGAUACUAUUGGCACGCCAUAUAUUUCACAAUCAUCUCGGAGUGCUACGAGGCCUUUGCUAUUUCGGCCUUCUUCGCCCUAAUGUGCCAUUACAUUGCGCCGGAUCUUCACGAGCAAAAGAAGUUUUUCCAAGCGCUGACGCCAAUCAAGCCAUGGGUGUGGCCACUCGAUUGGUUCCGUGCCUGCUGCUGUGGCCAAAGAGGGCCUUGGAGGACACCUGCUAAUGGACUUACUUGGUUCAACAUCAUCUGGAUUGGCAUUUACCACUACAUUGUCAUUCGAGUCUUGUGCACAAUUACUGCCGUUGUCACGCACUACUUCCACAAGUACUGUGAAAGCAGCAACAGCCCGGUGUUUGCGCAUAUCUGGGUGCUUGUUAUUGUGUUCAUAGCAGUUGGCAUUGCCAUGUACUGCCUGAUUCAGUUCUAUGUCCAGCUGAAGGAUGAGCUGGCGCAGCAUCGGCCGUUUUUGAAGAUAUGCGCCAUCAAGCUUGUCGUCUUCCUGUCUUUCUGGCAGUCGGCUGCUAUCUCGGUGGCAACGGCGCAACUUGAGAUCGUCAAGGCCAACGAGAUAAUAGCGUAUCCAGACCUCAAGGUCGGGAUUCCAUCUCUGCUUCUCUGUUUCGAGAUGGCACUCUUUGCCAUCUUGCACAUCUGGGCCUUCCCCUAUGCGCCAUACCGCGUUGGGGCCAAGCCUACGUUCUACCCGGUGCCAGAUCCAUCGAGUGGAGAAGCGCCCAAACAGAAUUUACAAUCUCCACCUUCGGGAGGGUUCCUGGGCCUAGCUGCUCUUUGGGAUGCCCUUAAUAUGUGGGAUUUCAUCAAGGCGUUUGGUAGAGGUAUCAGAUGGCUCUUUGUCGGGGUUAAGCAAAGGGGUAACGGUGGCUCGUACGGGGGUCACAGGCAAAAAGGAAGCAGCACUAGCAGCGGAGAUUUUGAUCUUGGUAACUUAGCAAAGAGCAGGAACGGCUUCACCAGCACGGAUCACUUACCAAUCGCGAACGAGUUUCGGCGUAGCAAGUUCAUGUUCGGCGGAGGAGGUAACGGCUCUUCCAACAACACGACAGGCAACGGCUCACGCAACCUCACCCGAACACGACUGUCGCCUGUGCCUCAAAGUCCGCUUAGUGUCAACAGACCGGCGAUUAUAGAGGAGGAAGACAGUGGGCUGAUCGCCAACGCGGCCGAGCCUGGUAGGCGCAGUGUCCCAGAACCCCCAUCACCAUAUCGAGACCACUACCUGGGGGAUCAUCCAAACAAUUCUAUGUCGGGUUUUCCGUUCCCCCCUGGGGCUUCUGACAACCAACCGCAGCCUCAAGAUGAGAUGGUAUAUUCCCAGCCUUUCACACCUACUAGGAAUUUCUCGCGGGGUGGCUCGCAGGCCCCUUCUGGUCGAGUGCUUCUUGGGCAGCAGAGGUGACAUUUUUGAUGAUAGCGACGAUUUCCAUUUUUUUUUCUUUUCUUUUCCGACGGCAAGCGUGUUUGUCAACUACCAUGUACACCAGGCGUGUACCGAACAUCAAACACCUUUCCCAGCAUGCGCCAAUAAACACUUUGGCCAUUGUUUCCUUUGAUUAUGAUAGGCGGAUACCCUUUAGAUUUGGCAUUAAACCAGUCGCAAUGGCUGCAUGCAUUUGGCGGCCUAUCAAACAGCACAUGCAUACUUCCCUUGUCUUCUUGCUCAACGCCUCCUGAACUUCUCAAAUUCCUACAAGAAACAAACAAGCAUAGCAUGGUGUGUCCGUCCAAUAGCGGAUAGCCUAUGAUGGAUGACCAUACACAGUUUAUUGUUAUCAUCUCGUUAUUUACAAACCAAACAUUUGUUGUCAAGCUAAGUUUUGCAGAGCCCGCAGACUAUUCGGCCUGUAACUAGGGCUUUUGUUUUUGCUGCCAUGAGGAAAUUCACAAUAAUCUAGAACUAGACUAGAUAUUAAAUAAAGAAAUACCCGAG